AUGCUGGAGCGGGCCCUGCAGUCGGACCCGCCCGUGUUCUGCCACAUCAGCGUGGAGCAGCCCGUGGACCCCGGCACCAGCAGCGCCGCGCGGCUGCCCGGGGCGCUGGUGGGCGACAACUUUGUGCUGGCGCUGGGGACGCUCGUGCAGAUUGUUGAGGUCAAGGCGCAGGGCGUGGGCGCGCUCGUGCGCGUCCAGGCCGAGGGCCGCAUCGCGGUGGAGUCCCUCAAGCAGCUGCAGCCCUACAUCGCGGGCGCGGUGACGCCGCUGCUGGACGACCCCGUGCCGCAGGACUCCAUUGGGGCGGCGCUCAAGGCGGCGGACGAGCUGGCGAGCAUGCUGCGGGAAUGCGCCGAUUUGUGCGCCAAAUUUGGUGGCAUGGAGGCCGCCGCGCUGCAGCAGGCGCAGCUGUGGGCGGAGCGGCGGCCGAUGACGCCAGGCCUGGCGCGCGGCGGCAGCCACAUAGAUGAGCUGGAGCGCGCCAACCGCCUGGCGUGGGCGGCCCUGAGCGCGCUGCCGCAGGCGUCAGAGUCGGAGCUGCGGCAGCUGCUGCGCUACCGACUGGCGGCCAUGGCAGCCACCAGCGUUGUCGACCGCCUGCAGCUGGCCACCACCUGCUUGGAGUCGUCGCGCGCCAUGCUGGCGGCGCGGGUGGCCCUGAAGUCGCUCAACAUCGGCGCGUCAUAG